AUGUCUCCUCCGUAUCUUCUACGAAUGUCUCAAACCCUUGAUAGAAGGAAGACAGUCGUUCAUGCAAUUGAGGAACAUUCUCGCGCUGUCGGUGCCACCUACCGAACGGUAGCUGUCGCCGGGGCCUUGAGCACCACAAUCACACAAGAUGAUUAUGUGCAUGAGCUGGUUCACCGUAAAGUGGCUCAACUCUUCAACAUUCAGAUUAUUCACACUGGUUUUGGCACACCGAAGACCUUAUGGGGAGCUUCAGGGGGCCUUUACGUCCAUCCAGAUUCUGUAGAGCUAUCUGGAAUCGCCGACCCAAAGAUAUCAGCACCGACACGCCUUUCACCAACGCGCCAAUGCGAACGGCAACGAGCGGAUGACUCAGACAACCCGCUAGACAAGAUACUACACCUGCGCAAUAUGGGUCCUGAGUAA